UAUCGACUCAGUUUGUGAUUUGUGAUAUCUCACGGUAUUUUAUUGCUGUUUUGCAAUAGUAUCCCGAUAUUGUCGACAAUUCAAUUAGUAAGAGUAGUACGACGACAUACGUGUGUAGCAUCAGUUAUAUACGUCUACGGAGCUGUAAUCGUGAAACAGAAAAAACGAAAGCACCGUUAAAUCGAGAGCACUAAUAUGGGCUCCAACAAACGUCAUAAAACCGAAAAGUCUCGUGAUACCAAAAAGAAGCGUCAUCGCAGUCGCUCUAGAAGCUACACACCCGAACGCGAAAAGUCGGAGAAACACAGGCACCAUAAGAAGCACAGAAGGAAAGAGCGUAAAGACUACGACAGCGAUGUUGAAAUCGUUAAUGCUCCGCCGCCACCAAAAAUAUCCAAAUCAUCACAUCCAUCGACACCUCCUCCACCUGAAAUCUCAAAACAGCGUAGUCCAUCCCCUGUUAAAGGUGGAGCAUCGCAAACCUCAUUAUCUAUUGAAGAAACCAACAAGAUUCGUGCAAAAUUGGGAUUAAAACCAUUGGAAGUAGAUAAUAUAUCUAAAGAUGAUCCUAACAAAAUUAAAGAUGAUCUGGGCGAGUUUUAUCAUAAACCUGCACCAAACAAUAGUGAUAAAAUAAAAGCGCAGAAGCUGAGAGAAAAGAUAGGUACUCAGAAAGAAAAGAGACAAAUUGAGGCAAAUUUGUCAAAAGUGAAGAAUUUGGGUGAAGUUGAUUCGGAUGAUGAUACUCAAGUAUGGAUCAACAAAUCUAGGCAGCUAGAGGAAGAGAAAAAGAAAGCAGAAAUGAGAGCUAAAAUGCUGGAUCAAUUAGAUGAAGAAUUCGGAAUCGGUAAUUUGGUUAAAGAGGAAAUACAUACUGCCCGCAACACGGCAUAUACACAGAAAGAUUUAAAAGGCCUUAAAGUCGAACAUGAUAUUGAAACAUUUGAAGAAGGCAAGACUGUAAUCCUAACGUUAAAAGAUCAAGAAGUAUUAAAUGAAGCUGAUGAUUUACUUGUAAAUGUGAAUAUGAUUGAUAAUGAACGUUACAAACGUAGUGUUUUGAAUAAAAAAAAGAAACCUGUGUAUGAUCCAUAUGCUGAUGAAAAUUUCGACGAAUAUGGAUUCUCUAAAAAUAAGAUUUUAGAAAAGUAUGAUGAAGAAAUUGAUGGUGAGAAGAAAGAUAAUUUUGUGUUGGGUGUUAAUAAUGCGGUAGAAAUUAAACGACGCCAGAUAGAGACAGUGAAGCAACGCUUGGCAAAUAAAAAAUUAGAAACGCUACAAAUGACAGAACCAAAAUUAGCGAGUGAAUAUUACAAUGAAGAGGAACUUGCAAAAUUCAAGAAACCAAAGAAGAAGAUUCGGAAAAUUAGAACGAAAAAGAAACUGAAAGCAGACGAUUUAGUCCCUGUGGACAAUGAUUAUCUUAGAGAUCUUGGAAGUAGGAGAAGAAAAAAACCGGAAGAUUCGAAAGAUAAUGAUAUUUUAGAUGUCGAUGAUUUAGAAGCUCCUGCAGAAGAUCUUACUGGGAUAAAACUUGAAGAAGACGAUAAGGAAUUAGAAUUACAAAUGGCUUUAAAGAAAACUCAGCGUUUAAAAGAGGGACAUUCAACCGGCAUCCAGAAAACUGUUGAAACAAUAAAACAAGAAAUUCUUAAUUCUGAGGAAAGUCAAUCUGGAAAUAUUGUUCUUAAUUCUACUGCAGAAUUUUGUAGGACUUUGGGUGAUAUACCUACUUAUGGACUCGCUGGAAAUAGAGAGGAAAAUGGACAGGAACUAAUGGAUUUUGAAAUAGACGGCAUUAAGGAGGAACCACCUGCAAACGAAGAAGAGGACAAUGGUCGUGGUGCUUGGAAUACAGUGCAUUUAGAUGAGAACAUUUCGGAACCAGUUGUAAUGGAGGCAGCAAUUCUAGACGCUGAGCCGUCACUCGGCCAUGGGGUAGGUGGAGCUUUAAAAUUAGCUAUGAGUAAAGGUUACUUGCAGAAAGAAGACAGCAAUCGCCCUUCAGCGUCACGGUUCGCACAUCUGCAAGCUCAGAAUUAUUCAAUAGAGGACAAAACAUAUGGGGAUGACGAUAAGUUCGGCAGAAGAGAUCGCUUUAAUGGACCGACAUCUGAUUUUAAGGAGAAAGAAGGCUUCAAGCCGAAUGUUAAGCUUGAAUAUAUCGAUGAUGAUGGGCAUGUCUUGUGCGCUAAGGAAGCUUUUCGAUAUCUGUCACAUAAAUUUCAUGGAAAAGGUCCAGGAAAAAAUAAGGUGGAGAAAAGAAUGAAGAAAGCGGAACAAGAAGUUUUAAUGAAACGAAUGUCUUCAACAGAUACACCUUUAGGUACAUUAAAUUUAUUGCAAGCGAAACAAAAGGAAACACAAUCACCAUAUAUAGUGCUCAGCGGCAGUAAACAGAUGCAAACGACUAGCAUAGCUAAAACAAAACAUUAAAAAAUAGU